UUUUUUUAAGUCUAUAUUUUGCUUUACAAAAACGUGAAAAAGCAGCUGUGACCAAGCUAUCACGAGGUGAGUAGCAUUGUAAGCAUAAUUAAUAACGAUAUACUUCAGUUUGUCUGUGUGUUUUUGUAUGCAAGCCAGUCUGCUGCGGUUUGCUGGCGGUCCAAAAUGGCGGCGGUAGGACGAAACCAUGGGGGAAUUUGUUGCUGUGGGGCCCGCACGAUCUGCUGAAUUGCUGCGUUGUGCUCCGGCGUCCGGCAAAAAUAGAAGUCCAGACUUCGCGGGUAGCAUCCGGGAGGCUUGGAUGAGCUGCGGCGGAGCAUGCCGGUGGUGUGAGAAACCGUGUAAUGCACCUAACUCGGUAAACUGACAUUUGCAUUACCUUGAAAGGGCUUUAAUAAGCUACAAAGACUUUACUAAGAAGGACUAAAGGAUCUAAAAGUUUUAAAAGAGGUUUAAGAUUAUGAAAUGGAGCCACUGUGCUGAUUGGGCUAAACGAACGCACCUGUGUGGGUGAGCCUGAACACUGCACUUCGGCGACACAAUUAUUUGCUGCUUUUGGACAAUUAUGAGUAAUAUUCAGGAUAUACACUCUUAUGCGAGAAAAGCUAUGGAUGAACAAUUGGUGAACAAUUGGAAAAAAAUGGACGAGGAGCUCAAGAAAGCUUCCACUACAGAUGCUUCAGGCACUGCCAUCCAACCUAACAGACCAUCUAAAAAAUCAAAAACUUUAGCCAGUGCGGAGGACGAUGAUCGGCACAUUUCUAACGCCCACAUUUUUGCUGCAAUGGAAAGAAUUGAACGGCUGCAGAUGAAAACGCUUAAAGGCACACAUUCUGUGGAAAACACUGUGAAAGAGGUCAAAGACACAUUGGAUGGCAUGGGGAAGCAGAUGGAAGAAAUAACAAAAGUUCAAACCUUGGAGAUGACAGUCACCGCACUGCAAAAAGAGAAAGCGGAGCUGCGGGAGAAAUGCGACAAGCUGGAGGCGUACAGGAGGCGCUGGAACCUUCGGGUGGCCGGGAUCCCCGAGACAACCAGCGAGGACACCAGGAAGAUUAUCACUGACCUGUUUGGACAGGUCUCCCCGGGAAUCAAGGAGCAGCUGGAGCUGACGGUGGAUGUCGCACACCAGCUUGGCCCCCGGUCCGGGGAGCAGAGGUCCAGCCGCAACAUCAUUGUGCUUUUCAUAUCCAGAGCCCACCGGGACCGCAUCUGGAGGGACGCCAGGACAGCGAUGGUGCUCAAGGAGCGCAAGAUCAGGGUCUUUGAAGACCUUACGCAACAGUUGAAGGAUGCCCGAAACAAGCUGUGGCCCCAGGUGGAGCAGGCCCGUAAGGAGGGCAAGAGAGCUGGCUUCAGGGGGCCAUUCGCCUAUCGAUGGACGAAGAGUGACUGCGUGACGUAAGAUCACAUUAAAUGUGCCAAAACUACCGGAAAAAAAGUAAAUGUAAUGCCUUAUACACUUAAGCUUUUCUUGUCUCUUUACUAAAAUACCGAACAGAUAUCACUAAUUAUACAGAGGAACAUUUUGAUUUAGCCCUAUGGCCUAACACCGAGAGGGGGCAGUUUUAUUUUUUAUCUCGACCUAAGAGAGGAUCGAGAUUUCGUUAAAUCUUUUGU